AGUUAAAACAAGAAGAUUAGGAGGUGGUUUUGGUUGCAAGAUCAGCAGAAAUAAUUUUGCAGCGUGUGCGACGGCUUUAGUGGCAAAGAAACUUAAUAAGACAUGCAGAAUGUCCAUGUCGAUGACAAAUAUUAUGCGUGCGACCGGAAAGAGACCAAAUAGUAGACUUGAUUAUGAGGUGGGAGUCGACGACAGAGGCGAAAUUCAAUACAUGGAUGCAGUAUUUUAUCUGAAUGACGGUCAAUCUCGUAAUGAAAAUGAAAAUACUUAUGCGACAGAAUCUUUGAAAAAUUGUUACGAUUCUCGCAGGUGGAAAUGUGAUUCUUUUGGAGCUAUUACUGAUUCGCCAACAAACACCUUUAUGAGGGCCCCUGGUGGUUUUGAAGGGAUAUCUGGAAUAGAACACAUAAUGGACCAUAUAGCCGAGGAGCUUAACGCAGAUCCGAUAGAAGUACGUAUGGCUAACUAUCGACGAGAAGACAAUGAUUUACCAAAACUAGUACCUAUGUUUCUAGAGAGAAUCAAUUAUAAGGAGCGACUUAAUAAUGUUAAAGAGUUUAAUCACCUCAAUAGAUGGAAGAAACGAGGAAUAAGGAUGAACAAUAUGGCAUUCCCAACUGCAUACAUUGGCAACUAUGGAGCACUUGUGUCUGUAUACCACGGCGAUGGAAGUGUUAUCGUAAAUGUUGGUGGUGUUGAAAUGGGACAAGGAAUUUUUACUAAAAUGGCUCAAGUAGCAGCAGCCCAGUUUGACGUCCCUGUUGAAACUGUAACAGUUUUACCUUGUUAUAACUUUACCACUCCAAAUAAUUUUGCCACAGCUUCUAGUAUAACUAGCGAAUGCUGUGCAUACAGUGUAAUUAGAUGCUGUGACCAGAUCAAAGCGAGACUGGCUCCUUUUAGAGCAGCAAGGCCUACAGCUACGUGGCAAGAAAUUGUGUUUGAAGCUGAUAGGCAAGGAGUACUGCUACAGGCAAAUUACCAAACAAGUCAAAAUGAUCCAAGAUUGGUAAAUUAUUCUAUAUUUGGGAUAGCUGUAUCUGAAGUUGAAGUCGAUAUUUUGACUGGAAGUAAAUGGAUUGUUCGUACAGAUAUAUUUGAAGAUGCAGGUCGUAGUAUGAAUCCAGCUAUAGAUGUUGGCCAGGUGGAAGGAGCAUUUGUUAUGGCCGCGUCCGUGUGGUUAAUUGAAAAUAUAGUUUACAACGAACAUACUGGAGAGAUAUACAGUGAUCGGACGUGGACUUAUAAAAUUAUGGGAGCUAAAGAUAUUCCAUAUGACUUCCGUGUUUAUUUGAGACGGAAGAGGCCUAAUCCUGUGGGAAUUUUAGGAUCUAAAGCUACCGGUGAACCUCCAGGCUGCCUUGGUCAUGUAGUUGUCAAUUCUUUGAGAGUUGCAGUAAAAUCUUCUCGCAGAGACAGUGGCUAUCAUCCAAAUUUUGUCAAUUUACAAGUCCCAGUGAACAUGGAAAGUCUUGUUGAAGGCGCCGAAGUGAGAAUAGAAGAGUUUCUGCUAUACUAAGAACAGCAUAUGAUAAGGAAACAUUUGUUGACAAAAGAAGAACAUCGUCAAUCGUUCCAUCAUCUGAAUCAUAGCUUAAUAACUAUUAUGAGGAAUGACCUUUUUCAUUAUCUCACAAUACGUCUUGAUAGUAAAGUAAUAAUAUCAGUUGAUCCAACCUAAGCGUUUAUAUAUUAUAGGUGAAUGAUUCCCUUUGUCGGUCGUAAAUCCAUUGCUUGUACUACGGUUUAUUUGAUUAUGUGGACGGACUCGGCGCCGGGCCGCAUAUAACCAGGUUUAUUGCUUACUUAAAUAACUACCGUACUAC